CCUCCCCACUCCCUCCCUGCUCAAAAGCAUCACAAAACCGGAAAGAAUAACAAUUCAAAGAAAGAAAAUAGCAAUAUGCUGAAGACAGAAGACGAAUACGGCGGCAGCGGCGGGCACGGCAAUGGGUGGGGCAUGGUAAUCUGCGAAGCAUGCGAGAGAUGCCCUGCGGAAUUCAUCUGCAAAGCGGACGCCGCAUCGCUAUGUGCGGCGUGCGAUGCAGAGAUCCACUCGGCAAACCCACUAGCUCGACGGCACCAACGCGUGCCGAUCUGUAGGGGCGGCGUCGUGUUUAGUAGUGUGGAAGAGGAAGAUGAGGAGGAAGCGGCUUCUUGGCUGUUAAUGAAUCCAACCAAGAACAACAAGAACAAUAGUGACAACAAUAACAAUGGAAUGUUUUUGUUGGGUGGGGAAGAUGAAGAGGAAGAGGAUGAUGAGUAUUUGAAGUUUGUGGAAUUCAAUGGGAAUAAUGAUGAGGAUGAAGAUGAAUUUGAAGGAUUGAAGAACAACAAUUAUGGAGGAGAUAGUGUUGUGCCAAUUGAUCAAUUUGAAGGGAAUAAGGAACAUCAUCAUCAACAACAGCAGCAGCAAAAUCACGAGAUAUUGUUGGAGCAAAGUUAUGGAGGGCUUGUUGAUGCUUCUGAAUUUUUUCACUCUUCUUCUAAACCUCCAUACUCCUACAAUGCCUUCCUCACCCACACUAUAUCAGCUUCAUCAAUGGAGGUCGGGGUGGUGCCAGAUUCAUCAACCACCACCAUGAGCGAUAUAUCAAUCUCCAACAUGAGGCCACCAAAAGGGACAAUCGAUCUCUUCUCCGGCACGACGGCGGCGGAGGCAGCGGCGGCAAUUCAAAUGCCGGCGACCCAACUGAGUCCAAUGGACAGAGAAGCCCGAGUUCUAAGGUACAGAGAGAAGAAAAAGACAAGAAAGUUCGAGAAGACCAUCCGAUACGCCUCCAGAAAGGCCUAUGCUGAGACCCGACCCAGAAUCAAGGGCCGGUUCGCUAAAAGAACCGAUGUCGAGGUCCAACUGGACCGGAAAUACUCCAACCCCUUGAUACCGGAUGCUGGCUAUGGGAUCGUGCCUUCCUUUUGAAGGAGAUGGAACAAAAAGUAUGGAUUUUUCUACUUUUUUUUUUCUUCUUCUAAUUAAUAAAUACUAAUUAUAGGUGAAUUUUAAUUUAACUUUUUCUUUUUUUUAAUUAAUUAUAGCAUUUGUCUUAAAUGUAUAUGAAUUUUGUAUUUUCUGUAAUUACUUUUCAGAAUUAAGAUAUAUUGUUUUCAGUUGUUCACCUCCA